AUGUUGAGGGAACAGCAAUUUCAUUAAAAAUAAAUUUUCCUUGCCGCAACAUCGUAAUUGUUUGUUAUGGUUGAAUUUCAUAAUAUUUUAUUAUAAUCGCCGACUGGAUUAGGCUAAUAUUAGCUCUUGAUCAAGUUCUGUCAAGCAAGUGUCAGUCAAGUCAAUGUCAAAUUGUCAAACACAAACAUCAAGCACAAGCAUUAAUUAAGAUUGUAUUUAAAUUGAAGUUUUUAAUACUGUUUGCCAUUUGCUAUAGCUAAAUCGUGAAAUUGAAAAGCAUCAAAAUGUCUAUUCAAGAUAAAUUAACCGUGGACAAGUUAGCUAUGAAGAAUCGAGCUACAGCUCAUCUUCGAAUUUAUGUAGGUGGGAUAACAGAGAGAGCUACGUUAGAAGAAUUAUAUGAGCAUUUUUCACCAUUUGGACAAAUUACUGGACUAAUUUUUAAUAGAUCAUUUGGAUUUGUGCAAUUUGAAAACGAAGCCAGUGCUCAAGAAGCUAUUGCUAAGGGAGAUGGAAGUAUAUUUCAAGGAAAAUCUCUUUGUGUGAGAGCAGCAUUGGCUGAUAGACAAAAACGGGAUACAGACUAUACUCCAGCCUCAAAUAUAAAUAUGGAAGCAGCAUCUUCAAAUGACAAUUAUGCUUCUAAUGAUGGAAGUGAUGAGCAAUCCAAUAGCAAUAACUAUGGCAACUAUGGAGACCAGAGACAGUCAAAUACAGAUUACAGAGAGGAAGAGACAGAUGAAGGUUACGGGAAAGGUUAUGGAGAAGGUUAUGAGGCGAAUGAAUCACGUGAGCAACGUGAGGUACGUGAACAUCGUGAGCCACGCGAGUCCCGUGAGCCGAGAGGAGGUAUGCGUGGUCGAGGGGGACCACGGGGGAGGGGCAGAGCACGCGGUGGAGCCCCCAAUUACCGGGACCGCACACCUGUUAAUCCUAGAGGUAGUGAGUGGCCAGAAAGAGGCAGCUUUGAGAGAUAUCCGUCAUCAGAUUAUAACAGGACUUUACCAAUCACAGAACGGAAUGACUGCGAAAUUAUCGUAGUCUCGAAAGCCCUUACAGAAUAUGCUGAAUACAUAGAAAGUAGACUGAAACGUCUAGGCAUUGUAGUGGAUCUGCUAUUUCCUAUGGAGGAUGUACCGAUCGGUAAAGUGUUGGGCAACAUCGCGUCACGCGGCUGUCUCUACGCUAUUCUGGUGAUGCCACAGAAUGAGGAAAACAAAUCUUUGACAUUAACAUUCUUACAUGGAUUACCACAAGAACAUCGCAAUAUGCCGCUGGAGGAUGCACUGCAGCUGUUAUCGCGGAACUUCCAGGAGGUGCAGCAGGGAGGGUCUUCUGGACGCGAGGCGGUGUACGCACUGCUGGGUCAGCUCGCUGACGGCCGCUCGCUCACAGUACUGCAGUACGACAAGGUUAUUGAGUACCUUCAGGACCGUAAGGAGCAUCAGAUCAAAAUCGAAUUGGGCGAACCGAUGAGUACAACGACCAGUAGCAAAGCACAAAAUGAGUUACAACAGAGGAUUUUAAGCAUACUAAAUGAGAAGAAAGCUUUGCCACCAAAAGAUUCUUCUCCUGUGCCUGCCCCCGCGCCCGCAGUCCCCCCUUCCUCACAAGAUGUACAGAAUAAAUUCCUAAAUGACCCAACACUGCGGAAAGCUUUGAAUUCUAUAUUGCAAAAAUAUUCCUAGUUAUAAGUGACUAGUAUUUAAGUGUGUAUCUUUUACUAUAAAAAAACUUUUAAGACAUUCUAUUUCAUAUAAUGUACGUAAGUACAAUGAUACAAAAUUUAAAACUACGUUUUUUGAGUUUUAUUUCAUACAUUCUCUUAAUUGGAGCUGGCUUUUAAAAGAAAGGAAAUCAAUAAAUUCGUAAUUAAACUUAUUCCUUUUUAAUAAAAUAAUGCAAGCAAUAUGAUUCAGCUU